AUGAUGAUUGGACGAUUCCUCAAGUUCUUUGUGAAUCCAUCCCCAAAACAAUGGUCCUUUCUUUCUCUUAGAUACCAAAAAUUUCAAUCUGUCCCCUUCAUGUCUGUUUCUUCUUCAGCUGGAAAAAUCACUGCAGCAAGUACCAAUUGCAAAUAUGGAGUCAACACUUUGCAUACUUAUUCAGCUGUUGAACUUUCUGAAAAGCUAGAGGCUGAGGAUUGUAUGUGGACGAAGAUGCAAGAAGAAGCUACAGUUGAUGUCACUGUUGAACCUAUUUUGUCCGGUUACUAUCAUGUUUCAAUUUUUUCUCAUAGAUCAUUGGAAACUGCUUUGGCUAAUCUCUUAGCUGUUAAGUUAAGUAGUGUAAGUCUUAGUAGUGCAACACUUUAUGAUCUUUUUGUUAGAGUUUUAGAACAUGAUGCUGAAAUUAUGGAUGCUGUGAAAAAUGAUAUGAAAGCAGUUAAGGAAAGAGAUCCUGCUUGUAUAACUCAUGUUCAUUGUUUCUUGAAUUUCAAAGGCUUUUUGGCAUGUCAAGCUCAUAGGGUGGCUCAUAAUUUAUGGUCAAAUGGAAGGAAGGUUUUGGCUGUUAUAAUUCAGAAUCGAGUUUGUGAAGUUUUCGGAGUUGAUAUUCAUCCGGGAGCGAGGUUCGGAAGUGGAAUUCUGUUCGAUCACGCGACGGGGAUCGUGGUGGGAGAAACUGCUGUGAUUGGGAAUGAUGUAUCAAUUCUGCAUGGUGUAACAUUGGGAGGAACUGGUAAAGCUGGUGGUGAUAGGCAUCCAAAGAUUGGUGAUGGAGUGUUGAUUGGUGCAGGAACUUGUAUUUUGGGGAAUAUUAAGAUUGGUGAUAGUGCUAAAAUUGGUGCUGGUUCUGUUGUGAUUAAGGAAGUGCCUCCAAGGACUACUGUUGUUGGGAAUCCUGCAAAGUUGAUUGGAGGGAACAACAAUCCUAUUAAACAUUAUAAGAUUCCUAGCCAUACUAUGGAUCAUGUUUCUCACAUUUCUGAGUUUUGUGAUUAA